UUCACAUUUCUGUUUUGGAAAUAAAAACAGAGCAUACGAAAUUUUCUAUUGUGUAGCAAAAGUUUUUCCUUUUUUUUUUUUUCUUAAAAUCUGUAAAAUCCCAGGGAGAAAUAGAAACCACAUCUAUCAACGUGAAGUUAAAAAAUUAAACAAAAAACGCAUAAACCUAAUUACCGUGUUUGACUAUAUAAAUAGUGGGCAAGCGUGAAAGUUAUAAAACCCUAAUUCUCUUAUGUUAGAAACUUGAAGAAACAAUGACGAUGAUGUCCGAUCUUUCGAAGGGUUUGGUAGAGGAGAUACUCUCUAGGGUUCCAAUAACUUCUCUGAGAGCUGUGAGAUCUACUUGCAAACAAUGGAACUGUUUAACCAAAGAUCCUAGCUUUACAAAGAAGCAAUGUGAUAAAGCAACCAAGGGUUUGUUGGUGAUCAUGCUUAAUGAUUCUAAGGUCUGUUUGAUGAGUGUUAAUCUCCAUGGAAUCCAAAACCACAAAGACGUGGUUGAUCCAUCUAUAAAGCGUAUAUGUGAACUUAAUCAAGUCAAGGUAUCUAACGUCAUCUAUUGUGAUGGCUUAUUGUUAUGCCACACCAAGGACGAAGACACUACUAGGCUCGUGGUUUGGGACCCGUAUAUGGGUCAAACCAGUUGGAUCAAACCUAGAAUCCCUUACCACAGAUCAGAUAUGUUCGGUAUCGGAUACGACAAGAACAACAACUACAAAAUUUUGAGGGUUUUCUUUGAGUUUGUCAACAAUGUAGGGUAUGAAAUCUACGAUUUUAAGUCUAACUCAUGGAGGGUUCUUACCAUCUCGUCUAAUAUAGUGUUUUACAAACGAGGCGUGUCAUUGAAAGGAAACACUUACUUUUUUGCUCAAGAAAGAAUCAAAGUUGAAGAAGUAGAUAAAGAAUGUGUUUUACUCUGUUUCGAUUUUACAAGAGAGAGAUUUGGACCGGCUCUGCAUCUUCCGUUUCACUGUGAUGUUAGAUAUGAUGAUAUGGUUCUGUCUUCAGUUAGAGAAGAGCAUCUUGCAGUGUUAUUUCAGCGUUUAGAUACAGAUAAGAUGGAGAUAUGGAUUACAACUAAGAUUGAGCCCAAUGCGGUGUCAUGGAACAAGUUCUUAGCCGUGAAUACGAAGACAAUCACUGGUUUUGAGUUUGAGGUUGAACCUAGGAGUUUCUUUGUUGAUGAGGAGAAGAAAAUGGCAGUGAUUUGUGAUAUCCAUAGAUUCAAACCGACCAAGACCGGCCUCUACAAAACAGCUUGCAUCAUUGGGGAGGAUGGAUACUUGAAAGAAGUGGAUCUUGGAGAAGCUGUGAAUGUUGAAGAAUCUCCUUAUAGUUGCCCACUUGUGUGCUCUUAUUAUGUUCCAAGGUUAGGGCAAAAUCAACCAAGCUCUGGUACUUUAGGGCAAAAGGAAAAGAGGAGACUAUUAAUUAGUGUAUAUGACAAUACAUUAUAUGUUUCGUGGAUAUCUCUUUUUCUUUUCUUCUCUGUUCUUUUCUUUUCUUUUGUAAAGAUUGUUCUUUGAACAAGAGUAACUAGUUGUCAAACUUGAAAUUAUGGAGAUUCGUUUUUCUCA